CAAAUGCACUUCCAAACAGUUUUCAUCAUAAUCUCCGUAUCUAAUUAAUUUAACCCACGGCUGACAACUCCUUAGGCAUUAGGGUUGGGUAGAUAGCCGCCGUGAGUGGCGGUUCUCUUCCGUUUUUGGUUUCCGAGUGUUUACUCGGUAUUGGAGAUUGGUUGUUCGGAUUUAUUCGGCAAGGACUGUCUUUGUACGAAGGCUUUGUUUCCAUUCUUGCACCAGUUCGUAAGUGUUGACUUACGAUUAUAGCACUCAUACGAAGGCUUGGUUCCCAGCCUUUGUUGUGUUUCGUUUUUUGUUUCUGGUCUGUGAGCAGGGUUUUUGAGAAGGACGAAUGGAGAUUAUCACUAACAAGACCAAGGACAUGGCGAUCCGAGACAAAGAGGAUGAGAUCGUUUUCAAUGAAGAGACUGUUCAAGGAGAGGAGGCCGCGGCUGAUGGAGAAGCUUUCUUGGUGGUAGGCACUGUGGUCACGGACAGAUUGGUAAAAUUUCCGGCCUUUAGAGAUCUUAUAGCAAAACUAUGGAGGCAUGUGAAAGUAUUACCAUAAAAGAGAUUAGCGAUAACAGGUACAUGUUCACAUUCUUGAUAUGAAACGUGUGAUUGAAGGGGGUCCGUGGACCUUCGAGCAGAACCUGUUAAUUCUUAGGGAGCUUAAGCCAGGGGAUGUUCCCCUUAGGGUUCCUCUGAAUGAGGCAGAAUUUUGGGUCCAGGCGCAUGAUGUUCCAUAUGAUUAUAUGAAUUUGGAUGCGGCCCGAAGAAUUGGGAAUUUUCUUGAUACUUUUGUUAGUUUUGAUAAAAGUCAAUUUGACAAGAAAUGGAGGCCUUAUAUGAGAGUUCGAGCUUGCCUAGAUGUGGAGAAGCCUGAAGGUGGGCAUGACUCUCCGUAGGGGACAAGGAGAGGGACACUGGGUUGGUUUCAAAUAUGAAAAACUGCCUAGCUUCUGCUUUGUUUGUGGUAUUAUUGGGCAUGCUGACAGGUAUUGUCCUUUGGCUUAUGAGAAUACCAAUCUGAAGGUUCCAAAGAAAUAUGGAGCUAGUCUGCGAGCAGGAGGUGGGGGGACUUCUCAGUCUUUUGGGGGAAAUAAAUGGCUAGUUCCGGAAGGUCAAUGUCGAAAAGAAAAUGGAAUCGCGGGGACAAGCAGAAGGGAGUGGAAUCAGGUAGCAAUGCACUUGAGGAGGGGGCUAAUGGGGAAGCCAAGCGUAGGAGGACAUGGGAAGUGGCUGGCGGCACGGGGGAUGAAGGGGAGCAGAUGGCCCUCGAUGACCCAAAAAACGGGGAGGAGGCGGGUUCGGUUUUCGGAACCCGCCAGGAUGUUUGAAGCUCUUUGCUGCUAUGGGAGGACAUUGGAGCUCGUUUGGGCUUCUUAGGAUUCAGUUGACUUUCCACGGUUUUUCUGUCAUUUUGCUGUUAUUUUUUGCUUCACACUGUUUUGUUUUUGUUGUCAUUGUUUUGUUUUGUCAUACUCCUACAUUAGGCUGGGGUGAUGGGGGUUUUGCUCUGGCCACGAUAGGCUCAUCUAGACCCGUUAUAGGAUUAGCGAAUCACAUUGCUCUGUCUAGGGUGAUUGGUUCUCAGGCUGGUCCGAGAGUCGGUGGCUGGAAGUGCUUCCUUUGUCUCUUUUAUCCCUUGCUGAAUGUUUCAUUAUCAAUAUAAGCCGCCCUUUUCCAAAAAAAAAAAAAAACAAAUGCACUUCCAAACAAUGAAUUUGAG